CGGUGGGUGGCGCGCACUCGCAUAUGUCCUCCGUGCCACCACGGUCGCCCACCCCGCGGGCCCCCAAGAUGAAGAAGGACGAGUCUUUCUUGGGCAAGUUGGGCGGCACACUGGCAAGGAAGAAGAAGACCAGGGAGGUGACUGACCUCCAGGAAGAAGGCAAGAGUGCCAUCAACUCUCCAAUGGCCCCUGCUUUGGUGGACAUUCACCCUGAAGACACCCAGCUAGAGGAGAAUGAAGAACGUACCAUGAUCGAUCCCACCUCUAGAGAAGACCCCAAGUUCAAGGAGUUGGUCAAGGUGCUUCUGGACUGGAUCAACGACGUGCUGGCGGAGGAGCGUAUCAUCGUGAAGCAGCUGGAGGAGGACCUGUACGACGGCCAGGUGCUACAGAAACUUCUGGAAAAGCUGGCACACUGCAAGCUGAAUGUGGCAGAGGUGACGCAGUCUGAGAUUGGGCAGAAGCAGAAGUUGCAGACAGUUCUGGAAGCCGUGCAAGACCUGCUUCGUCCCCAUGGCUGGCCACUGCGUUGGAAUGUGGACUCUAUCCACGGGAAGAACCUGGUGUCCAUCCUGCACCUCCUUGUCUCCCUGGCCAUGCACUUCAGGGCCCCCAUCCACCUUCCUGAGCAUGUCACUGUGCAGGUGGUGGUCGUCCGGAAGCGGGAAGGCCUGCUGCACUCCAGUCAUGUCUCAGAGGAGCUGACCACGACCACAGAGCUCAUGAUGGGCCGGUUUGAGCGGGAUGCCUUCGACACGCUUUUUGACCAUGCGCCGGACAAGCUCAACCUUGUGAAAAAGUCUCUCAUCACGUUUGUGAACAAACACCUGAAUAAGCUAAACCUGGAGGUGACUGACCUGGAGACCCAGUUUGCAGAUGGCGUGUACCUGGUUCUACUCCUGGGCCUCCUUGAAGACUACUUUGUCCCCCUCCACAACUUCUACCUGACUCCUGAGAGCUUUGACCAGAAGGUGCACAAUGUGGCCUUUGCCUUUGAGCUGAUGCUGGACGGAGGACUCAAGAAGCCCAAGGCACGCCCUGAAGAUGUGGUGAACUUGGACCUCAAGUCCACUCUGCGGGUCCUUUACACGCUGUUCACCAAGUACAAGGACGUGGAGUGAUGGAGCAACUGAUCCUUCAGGGACAAGUUCUAGGCAAGAAAAAUGGGUGUAUCCAUCCACCGUCCCUGCUUUCCUAGGAAACACCUCCCCAGGGAGGCCUCAGGCUUCCCAGGCCCAGCGGUGUGCUGCCUCUCCUCUCUGCUCCCGGCCUGGUUUGGUUUUAAACCCUUUCCCCGUGUGGUUCCCUAGCUGGUUAGGUCGUUGAGAACUUGGUGCUUCAAACACCCUCUCUGGUUUGAGGCCUCACUUCCUCUUUUUCUCUGCCUCCCCCAAAAGAUGAGAAAGAACAAAGGCCCAGCCUAGCCCUCAGCUGGAGAGGGCUGUCCACCUGUGCUCCAACCCACGGAGCAAUUACUUCAACAGCCCUGGCUCCAGGGACUCCGCCCCAUUUGUCCUCAGGAAUCCCCUGGGCUGGGCUCUCCUUGGAAGCAGAGUCUCAGUAAAAAGAUCUCAGUUUUUCACUCCUGAGUCUCGGAAGAUUUAGACUCCUGACGUGUGUCUCCACCCCCAUCCGUCUUGCGGUUUGCUGAUUUUAACCGACCUUUUAGAUGAACUCUCAGGACCCAGAAUGCCUUGGGGCCCCAGGGCAGCUUGUACAGGGCAUGUCUAGGUCUCUUGCUGGCUCUGAAUGUGCAGCUUGAGCCGGCUUGGAGUCGGAACCUUCCGUCUCUGAGGCCCCGUUAGGGAAUGGACACAUUUUUAGAGACUUUACAAGAGGGUGGGAAUCCAUUACGAGGGCUGCCUGACCACAGGCUACCGGCAGCCAGGACGACAGAGGCGUGCAUCUGGCGGCUCUGGAGGCUGAGAGUAGGAGACAGAGGUGCUGGCAGGCUGCCUUUCUCUGCCUUCACACCAUUCCUCCUCCUCUAUUAGUCUCCUCUUCAUUCUGAAGUGGAACCAUCCCCUGUAUAACCUCACUGACCCCGUGAUGUCCAAAAGCCCCCCCCCCCAUCUCCAAAUGCAGUCUUCCUUUGACCAGCCAGGAAUGGGUUUGCGAUGUGUGUCUCAGCAGGCAGUGGGACCUAUGAACCAUCCACAUCCCUCCUAGAUGCUGCUUGACUUUGGGGGUGGUGCUGUGGCUGGCUGGCUCCUUGUCUCAGGAAUCCUGCUUCUGUGGUUCACCGCUCUUCAUGCUCCUCCUGCCUCUCACCUGCAGUACAGCUACCCUCUUUCUUGAGCCUUCAGAGGUCAUGGCCAGCUACAGAGAGCCUUCCUUUCCUGAUUCCCACCUUACCAUGAACCGGGGUUGUGGGGUGAGGCUUUAAAACUGAGCUGAACACCAAUAGUGACGUUCCGGAAAACAGUUUAAUAUCUUCCCUCGGUUCCACUGUUGCUAAGCUGGGGAUGAGGCUUGGAAUAGCCACUCAGGUAGAGGAGGCUUCCCAGCAGGGUGAAGGGAUAAUUAAAACGGCAUUACCGUGUCUCCCUGUGGGAUGCGGUGACAUUAAAGAGCCACACUGACAAAAUACCCGGGACUGGAAGGUUCUGUGCUGCCUUCCUCACAGACAGAACCACAACAGCAUCUGAGAGCUGCUACAACCGCUUUGCUCUGCUCACAGGUAAUCUGAGGCAGGGAGCCUAGAUGCAAAGACUUAUGGUGCUGAAGGGAAGAAAAGGAUUGGUCUGGGAGGGGCUAUGGUUUCCUGAGAUUCCUGAUCUGGAGGGGAAAAGUCCUGCUUGGAAUCCAAGCUGGCUCCUUUGCCUGAGGCAGAACUUGGGAACAUCCCCACCCCACCCUCCCACCCCCUCCCUGAAGGUGUGACCUUCCCCAUUGUCUGAGUGUGGAGGUAUGGUUCUCACACACCAGUGAAGGGAUGUCCUUGCUGUCCCUUUGCUGUGGAGCGGGCAUUUACACCAUUGUCUGGACAAAGGCACCAAUAACUAAGAUACCUAGGCCAACUUCAGGGCUACCCAUGUAAGACAAGGCUUUCUUCACAGAAAAAAAAAAGGAGAACCCCUGCCCAAAUGACCUCAGGUAACCAGUGCCCACCCCCAAACUUUCCCACAGUUCUCCUUGGGGGCCCCCUGGAAUACAAAUAACUUCUCUUUGAGCUGAAGUUCUGGAACCUUCUACUGAUUGGAUUUUCAUACUCUCCUGAUAUUGUUGAGAGGUCUGGCCACUAAAACUGGUAGAAAUGUCAUUAUCUGUCACCCCCAUGGGGUCUUGAAGUUUUGGACAGGCAAGUCUGCACCCCUGCCCCCAGGUCUGCAGGCCAGGGCUGGGGUUGCUUGCUUCUGAACUGCGCUGAUUAGCACAUCCCGUCCAGUUCUCCAGACCGCUGUGGACCCGCAGGCAGCUCUUGUGCCCCAUUUGCACCCAGUUGUGCAAGCCCCGAGCUCAGGGCCCCUGUAUCCUUCCCCAUCGGCCGACGAAGGGGGAAUCUUAUAUCCAAGCAGCCGAAUCUGUUACGCCCCCCCCCCCCCAGUGGCAGCGCUUUAUUGUCUUUUUAAUUGUUUGAAGCAAUGUGUCCUUUGGAUUUCUGGAUAUUAAAUAAAAACCACUAAACCCCC